CGCGCGCAGGGCGGGAAUGCAAGAUGGCGGAGUAGCACCGCGAGGCUGCUAGUAUUAAGUGUCUGUGCAGACCUCACUUCUGGUUUCAGCAGCAUCCGUGGCCUCUGAGGGAAGAACGCCUAGGAUACCUGUCCAAGAUGCCGAAUAUAAAAAUCUUCAGCGGUAGCUCCCACCAAGACUUAUCUCAGAAAAUUGCUGACCGCCUGGGCCUGGAGCUAGGCAAGGUGGUGACUAAGAAAUUCAGCAAUCAGGAGACAUGUGUGGAAAUUGGUGAAAGUGUACGUGGAGAAGAUGUCUACAUUGUUCAGAGUGGUUGUGGUGAAAUUAAUGACAAUCUAAUGGAGCUUUUGAUCAUGAUUAAUGCCUGCAAGAUUGCUUCAGCCAGCCGAGUUACUGCAGUCAUCCCAUGCUUUCCAUAUGCUCGGCAGGAUAAGAAGGAUAAGAGCCGGGCUCCAAUCUCAGCCAAGCUGGUUGCAAAUAUGCUGUCUGUAGCUGGUGCAGAUCACAUCAUCACCAUGGAUCUACAUGCUUCUCAGAUUCAGGGCUUUUUUGAUAUCCCAGUGGACAAUUUGUAUGCAGAGCCUGCUGUCCUGAAGUGGAUUAGAGAGAACAUCUCUGAAUGGAGGAACUGCACUAUUGUUUCACCUGAUGCGGGCGGAGCCAAGAGAGUGACCUCCAUUGCAGACCGGUUGAAUGUGGACUUUGCCUUGAUUCACAAAGAGCGAAAGAAGGCCAAUGAAGUAGACCGCAUGGUACUAGUAGGAGAUGUGAAGGAUCGAGUGGCUAUCCUUGUUGAUGACAUGGCGGACACUUGUGGCACAAUCUGCCAUGCAGCUGACAAACUUCUCUCAGCUGGAGCUACCAGAGUUUAUGCAAUCUUGACUCAUGGAAUCUUUUCUGGCCCAGCCAUUUCUCGCAUCAACAAUGCCUGCUUUGAAGCAGUUGUAGUCACCAACACUAUACCUCAGGAGGACAAGAUGAAGCAUUGCUCCAAAAUACAGGUGAUCGACAUCUCUAUGAUCCUUGCAGAAGCCAUCAGGAGAACUCACAAUGGAGAAUCUGUUUCUUACCUGUUCAGCCAUGUCCCUUUAUAAUAGAAUAACUUCUGAGGCUUUUU